ACGUCUCUCUCAAAGACAAAUUCCUUCCAACUCAGACCUGUCCUUUACGAUAUCUACCUCGACUCGCCAUUUUCAACCAUCAACCCCUUCUCCCCCUGUUUUCACGAACCUCACGCCAACAAAUCCUCAAGCGGCGGGUGAGCGCGGACACAUCCCACCGCCCACCAUGGACAACAAAACCCUCCCUCCCCCCACACAAUCCUCAAUCCGCUCAUUCUUCAAACCAAAAUCACCCUCCUACGCCCUUCCCCCCUCCAUCAACCCCCCCAAGGGCCUCCCCACCACAUCCGUCACAGCGCCGCCACCAUCCCCCCUCCCCCAAUCCGCCACGUCGACCCCACCACCACCACCACCCGCCUCAACAACAGCACAACAACCCCCCGCGCCAACCACCGCCACAACCGCAACCACAAAGCCAAUCCACCCCCAAGCCACCAUCUCCCCCAUCCUCCCCUCCCACAUCCCAGCCCUGAAACGCAUCAACGCCCUCCUCCUCUGCAUCACCUACCCCGACUCCUUCUACACCCGGAUCCUCGCCCCCUCCCCCACCCCCUCUUUCUCCCGCGCUAUCCUCUGGUCCACCUCACCCUCCCAAACCACACCAUCAGCAACUCCCCCGACAUUGGUGGGGGGUGUGGUGUGUCGUCUCGAACCAUCACCAGCGACAGGGGGGAGGGAGGAGGGGUCGGAGCAGCAGAUUUAUAUACAAUCCCUCGCCCUCCUCUCGCCUUACCGACACCUUGGGCUCGCGUCCGCAGCCCUCUCCUCCAUCAUAACCUCCAUCGUGUCGGCUCCCCUCUCACCGCCUAUAACGAGUUUGUAUGCGCAUGUGUGGACGGAGAAUACAGAGGGGUUGGAGUGGUAUAAGGCGCGGGGGUUUGAGGUUGAGGGAGGGGCCGUGGGGGGGUAUUAUAGGAGGUUAAGUCCGGAUACGGCGUGGGUUCUGCGGAGGAGGUUGGGGGCUAGGGAUUAUUUGGAGUAUGGAUCUAGCGGCGCUGGGGCUUCGGCUGCGACAAAUGGGGGAGUGGUUUUGGGAAAUAGAGCACCGCCGCCGCCGCCGCAGGGGAAUGGGAACAAGGAAAAUAGACGGCCCCCGCCAAAGACGGGGAACUCAUACCAAACGAUGGGGCCGGGGAUGGAAUGGAACGACCUCCCCACUGACAUCCUUCUACCCGUCCCUCCCAGGCAGGGUGGAGGGAACGGGAGCGGGGUAGAUGGCAGUGGACCCCCUUCGUCGGCUGUGUCGUCGAGGAGUAGUUCGGUGGUGGGGGGGAAGAAGAAGAGGGUUUAUCCUGCUGCUGCUUUUGGGUCGUAGGAUGGGGGAAGGG